AUGGGAGGUGGUGAGAGAUACAACAUUCCAGUUUCCCACCCGGAACAUGGCACUCGGAAGAAAAACCAUCAUGCUGGCAGACAGCAGAAUAAGAAUCAGAACAUUGCUGCAAUGAGAUUAGCUCAUGCCAAGAAGGGAGAAAAGGGCCAAAGCUGGUACCCUCUGAUUCCUGACGCACGGCAGGCCGUGCAGGUGGAAAGGAAGAACACUGUUCGAUUUGCCACGUACAACCAGAACUGGGAUACAGCUGUAUCCCGCUUUAAUGCGCUCUUUAAAGCGCAGUGUAACCAAAAUUAUGCUGGAGCCAAGUUCAGUGAGCCACCGUCACCAAGUGUUCUUCCUAAGCCACCAAGCCAUUGGGUAUCCAUUACAGUGGCGCCUUGUGAUCAUAGAGAGAUGAUGACCUUCCAGCUGAAGACCCUACUUAAAGUUCAGGCCUGA